AUGUUUCGACCUUUCACAUCGCCUGUUUUUCUCACUAUUUCAUUGCUCUUGUCGACUUCGUUGAUUUCAUGUAAAAAAGACGAACCGGUGUGUGUUCAGCAUUUGGACAGUAGCGGUGCAUAUCCAUGUGAAAGUCGACCAAGUAGAGAACCACUUAGUUUACAAUACAACAAAGCUCAAAUUAGUAAACCAGCACCAAGCUUUGAGGGUAUUGCGGUUAUUAAUGGCGAAUUCAAAGAAGUCAGUUUAAACGAUUUUAAAAAUAAAUAUCUGGUACUUUUGUUUUAUCCAUUGGAUUUUACAUUUGUAUGCCCAACAGAGAUCAUUGCCUUUUCGGACCGUCUUCAAGAGUUCAAAAACAUCAAUACUGAAAUUGUGGCUAUUUCUGUCGAUUCACAAUUCACUCAUUUAGGCAGGUCUACCUCAUGGAUCAAUACACCCCGUGAACAGGGUGGUUUGGGCAAAAUUCAAAUUCCACUUUUAUCUGAUUUAACACAUCAAAUUUCGAAAGACUACGGCGUUUAUUUACAAGAUGUUGGUCAUGCAUUGAGAGGAUUAUUUAUUAUUGAUGGUCAUGCUAUUCUUCGACAAAUAACCAUGAAUGAUCUGCCAGUUGGUCGUUCAGUUGAUGAAACACUUCGACUUCUUCAAGCUUUUCAAUACACUGAUAAACAUGGCGAGGUUUGUCCUGCUGGCUGGCGUCCCGGUGCAGACACAAUUAUUCCAAAUCCAGAAGAGAAAUUGAAAUAUUUUAGUAAAAACUAUGAAAACAAGAAGAAUUAA